CUUUUCAUUCGUGUAAAAUUUACAGAAGUGAGCGGACGACGCGAAGAAGAAAUUUCGUUAAAAGAGGAAGCAACAAACCUUUCGGUGUAGUUUUUUAUUAUCAUUCCACUCGUAUAAAUAACCAAGUGUGCCUACGAGCAUUAAUAUCGCAAUAUUAACAAAUACCCCAAGUGCAAAACACAACAAAAAAUCGAUUAAAUAGAAAUGGCUGGCGGCAAAGCAGGCAAGGAUUCCGGCAAAGCUAAAGCAAAGGCAGUCUCCCGUUCAGCGCGCGCGGGUCUCCAGUUCCCCGUUGGUCGUAUUCAUCGCCAUCUCAAAAGUCGCACCACAUCCCAUGGACGCGUUGGUGCCACUGCCGCUGUCUACUCUGCAGCCAUCCUGGAAUACCUGACAGCCGAGGUCUUGGAAUUGGCUGGCAAUGCAUCGAAGGAUCUGAAAGUAAAACGUAUUACGCCGCGUCAUUUACAGCUCGCCAUUCGUGGUGACGAGGAGUUAGACAGCCUGAUCAAGGCAACCAUUGCCGGCGGCGGUGUGAUACCUCACAUACACAAGUCUCUCAUUGGCAAGAAAGAAGACACUGUCCAGGAUCCGCAGCGAAAGGGCAAUCCCAUAUUGUCUCAAGCCUAUUAAUAAUUUUAAUUCAAAUUUCUCUCUUUUUGCAAAACAAAAUAGAACAAACGACAAAAAAUUUUGGUUUAUAUAAAUUUUGCAAAAGUUUUCUAAAUAUUUAAAAUUAAUGAGAAGGAUACAGAAAAUAAUGAUAAACAAAUAAAGAGAAUGGAUUUAA